AAGGGUGGUGACGGGAUGGGCAAGAUGCCGGCCGUCGUCAAGCCGAUCAAGCUGAAGAGCAUUGUCACGAAGGCGGAAUCGUACGACACGAUGCACGGCAAGGCGAGCGAUGUAAUGUCGUGCUCGCGGGAGGUGUGCAUGGGAAGCGUUAUGACACCGCACGUCAUCGGUACGGAAACGCGCAAACCGGAAAUAGUGCAGCAGCAUGCGAAGGACUUCCUCGAUCAGUACUAUUCAUCUAUCAGGCGAUUAAAAUCACCCGCACACGAUAGUCGUUGGCAGCAGGUGCAGAAGGAGGUGGAAGCAACAGGCUCCUACCAUCUGACGGAAACCGAGCUGAUCUACGGUGCGAAGCUGGCCUGGCGCAAUUCGUCCCGUUGCAUCGGCCGGAUACAGUGGUCCAAGCUGCAGGUUUUCGAUUGCCGAUACGUUACGACCACCAGCGGUAUGUUUGAAGCGAUCUGCAAUCACAUCAAAUAUGCGACCAAUAAAGGAAACCUCAGAUCGGCCAUCACAAUUUUCCCACAGCGAACGGACGGCAAACACGACUACCGCAUCUGGAACAAUCAGAUUAUCUCGUACGCCGGCUAUAAGAACGCAGACGGUAAAAUUAUCGGUGAUCCGGCCAAUGUCGAGUUUACUGAUUUCUGCGUUAAGCUCGGCUGGAAGAGUAAGCGGACGGAGUGGGAUAUCCUGCCGCUGGUCGUGUCGGCGAACGGGCACGAUCCGGACUACUUCGACUAUCCGCCCGAGCUGAUCCUGGAGGUGCCACUCAGUCAUCCACAGUUUAAAUGGUUUGCCGAGCUCAAUCUUCGGUGGUACGCCGUGCCGAUGGUAUCGUCAAUGCUGUUCGAUUGCGGUGGCAUCCAGUUUACGGCAACGGCUUUCAGCGGUUGGUACAUGUCGACGGAGAUCGGUUGCCGCAAUCUGUGCGAUGCUAACCGACGAAACCUCCUGGAGCCAAUCGCCAUCAAGAUGGGACUGGACACAAGAAACCCGACGUCGCUCUGGAAGGAUAAGGCGCUGGUGGAGAUUAAUAUCGCUGUGCUGCAUUCGUUCCAGAGCCGCAAUAUUACCAUCGUCGAUCAUCACACCGCCAGCGAGAGCUUCAUGAAGCACUUUGAAAACGAAACCAAGCUAAGGAAUGGUUGUCCGGCCGAUUGGAUAUGGAUCGUGCCGCCAAUGUCGGCCUCAGUAACGCCAGUUUUUCAUCAGGAAAUGGCCGUCUACUAUCUGCGGCCAUCGUUCGAGUAUCAGGAAACGGCUAUGAAAACGCACAUCUGGAAGAAGGGACGAGAUUCGGCGAAAAAUAAGAAGCCCCGCCGAAAGUUCAACUUUAAGCAAAUAGCUAGAGCUGUCAAAUUUACAUCGAAACUGUUCGGACGCGCUCUGUCCCGUCGGAUCAAGGCGACGGUGCUGUACGCGACGGAAACUGGACGUUCGGAACAGUACGCUCGUCAGCUAGUGGAACUGCUCGGUCACGCGUUCAACGCACAGAUCUACUGCAUGUCGGAUUACGACAUCUCAUCAAUCGAACACGAAGCCCUACUGUUGGUGGUUGCUUCCACCUUCGGCAACGGUGAUCCCCCGGAGAAUGGCGAGCUUUUCGCCCAGGAUCUAUACGCGAUGAAGCUACACGAAAGUGGCCACCAUCAGGCGCACAGCGAACUGACGAUUGCCGCUUCCUCCAAGUCGUUCAUCAAAGCCAACUCGCGCAGCGAUUUGGGCAAGUUCGGUCCAAUGGGUGGUCGUAAAAUAGAUCGACUCGAUUCGCUUCGCGGCUCCACGACGGACACACUGUCGGAGGAAACGUUUGGCCCGUUGUCGAACGUACGGUUUGCGGUGUUUGCCCUCGGUUCGUCCGCCUAUCCAAAUUUCUGCGCCUUCGGUAAGUACAUUGACAACAUUCUCGGUGAGCUAGGCGGUGAGCGGCUGAUGAAGAUGGCGACGGGUGACGAAAUUUGUGGCCAGGAGCAAGCGUUCCGUAAGUGGGCGCCGGAGGUGUUCAAGAUCGCCUGCGAAACGUUCUGCCUCGACCCGGAGGAAACGCUCUCGGAUGCGGCCUUUGCGCUGCAGAGCGAGCUGUCGGAAAAUACGGUCCGCUAUGCACCGGUCAGCGAGUACGAAUCGCUCGAUCGUUCCCUGUCCAAGUUCCACAACAAGAAAUCCAUGGAAUGCUCGGUGAAACGGAAUCCAAUCAAUCUGCACUGCGAGAUGAACGGUACGGAGCGGUCAACAAUUUUGGUUGAGAUUAUGGCCGAAGGGAUUGAUUACGAACCAGGAGAUCAUGUUGGUAUUUUCCCUGCUAAUCGAAAAGAAAUUGUGGAUGGAAUCAUCGAACGCUUGACUGGUGUGAACGACCCAGAUGAAGUGCUGCAACUGCAAAUUCUGAAGGAAAAACAAACACAAAAUGGUGUGUACAAAUCAUGGGAUCCUCAUGAGCGACUUCCCGUCUGUACGCUCCGUACACUGUUGACUCGAUUCUUGGACAUUACUACACCACCGACCAGACAGCUGCUCACCUAUCUUGCCUCGUGCUGUGGUGAUAAGGCAGAUGAAGAAAGACUACUGAUGCUGGCUAACGAAUCGUCGGUGUACGAAGAUUGGCGCUACUGGAAGCUGCCUCAUCUGCUAGAAGUGCUGGAAGAGUUUCCAUCCUGUCGUCCCCCGGCAGCAGUCUUUGUUGCACAACUGAAUGCACUACAGCCACGUUUCUACUCCAUCUCUUCCUCGCCGAGAAAGUACUCGAACGAAAUCCAUCUAACGGUAGCCAUCGUCACGUACCGAGCGGAGGACGGAGAAGGUGCCGAACACUAUGGCGUGUGCUCGAACUACUUGGCCAAUCUGCAAUCGGACGAUAAGAUGUAUCUGUUCGUUCGCAGUGCACCGUCGUUCCACAUGUCGAAAGAUCCCACCAAACCGGUCAUUUUGAUCGGUCCCGGUACGGGUAUUGCACCGUUCCGCUCGUUCUGGCAAGAAUGGGACCACAUUAAGACGGAAAUGGUCGACUGUAAGAUUCCCAAGGUAUGGCUAUUCUUUGGAUGUCGCACGAAGAACGUGGACCUAUACCGGGACGAAAAGGAAGAGAUGGUACAGAACGGAGUACUCGAUCGGGUGUUUUUGGCCCUGUCGCGAGAGGAAAACAUUCCGAAGACCUACGUACAGGAUCUCGCCCUCAAGGAGGCGGAAUCGAUCUCCGAGCUCAUCCUGCAGGAAAAGGCACACAUCUACGUGUGCGGCGAUGUCACCAUGGCCGAACACGUGUACCAGACGCUGCGCAAGAUUCUGGCCACGCGCGAAAAGCGCACGGAAACGGAAAUGGAGAAGUACAUGCUGACGUUGCGGGAUGAAAAUCGCUAUCACGAGGACAUUUUCGGUAUCACACUACGUACGGCCGAAAUACAUAACAAGUCACGUGCUACUGCCCGUAUUCGAAUGGCUUCUCAGCCGUAAGCUUUAUUUGCUUGUACUUUUAUCGUUGGGGACAAAUUUGCCCAACAAAACGAUGACGCACACGGGUGCAGUGUUAGGCAUAAGCAAAAACUUUACAUUAACUACCUACGACACGUGAAUGCGGAUGUUGGUGUUGGACGUUGCUUUUUAAAGACAAAUUAACGGAAACUGUUUAUUCCAUUCUUAACACCACGGAACGUCG